CUGAUCCACUUGCUUCGUGCUUCAUCGCGGCCAAGGUUUUCACCUUCUCCUUCUCUGGUUGGAAAUUUGCAUUAUCUAGGAAGAAUGGAGGAUUUGAUUAGCAGCUUACCGGAGGCACUCAUAUGUCACAUACUCUCUUUUCUCUCAACCAAGCAAGCCGUUGCUACAAGCGUUCUCUCGAAGCGGUGGAUGCCUCUAUGGCGUUCAGUACCCACUCUGGACUUCAAUGAUUUCGACUAUUAUCUGAUAAGCAAUAAGACUUAUUAUCGUUUUGUUCAGUCUGUGUCUGCAGUUAUCCUUGCCAGAGAUUUCAACCAACCCAUCCAAAAAUUCAACUUCAGAUAUAGCUGUCCUCAUUUUUAUGAGCUUCCGGUUAUUACCGCUGUCAACAUAUGGGUUAAUGCUGCUGUGCAACUCAAAGUUCAGCACAUCCAUCUCUCCUUCAACUUACCCUCCCUUGUUCCACUUAAACCACCCGCCAACUUGUCUUCCUUCUUCAGUUGCAAAACUCUCAUGGUUCUCACGUUGCAGGGUAUCCAGUUUACUAAUCCGUUUUCCUCAGUCGAUCUUCCGGUUCUUAAAGUCCUGCAUCUACAAGAUUUGGGUUUCCCAGGACGCGCAAGUUUCGCUGAGCUUCUUUCUGGGUGUCCAAUUCUUGAGGAUUUUAAAACAAAUCGUUUAUAUUUUAAUGAAGGUUCCAUUGACACAGAGUUUAAAACCUUACCCAAGUUGCUCAGAGCACAUAUUGCUGCGGAAAGUGAUUUUUUUUUGCUGGGAGUGGUUAACAAUGUGGAGUUUUUGCAGAUAGAUGAUAUUCAUUGUAGUCUUGGUGAUGGCACAAGCCCGUACGUUUUCCCCAUGUUCCACAAUUUGACCCAUAUUAAACUUGUCUACAGCAAUUAUAAUAAUAAUUGGGCUGAAGUUGUGGAAUUGCUCAAGUAUUGCCCCAAGCUUCAAGUUCUUGUCAUUGACCAGCCAGAUGUUCAUUUUAGUGGGAUAGAUGAAUUCAAAGAAGAAGUAGGUGUUUGGCAAUACCCACCAUGUGUUCCUGAAUGCAUUCUACUACACCUUAAAAGAUGUUGUCUAAAUGGUUUUAUAGGCACCAAAGGCGAGUUUGAGUUUGCAAGGUAUAUAAUGCAGAAGGCAAGAUUUUUACAGAGGAUGACAAUAUCCACUGGCAUGGACAAAAAUCAAUGGGGAAAGCUUGAGCUGUUAAAAAAAUUCUACUUAUGCACGAGGGGCUCUGCAACUUGUAAAUUUACCUUUAGCUGAUAACAAACUAGAUAUGUUAGCUGCAAGUAGUUUUUCAUUUUUUCACUUAAAUUUUUAAUUAGUAGCUAGCUACAAGGAUAUGGAUCUUGUCCAAUGGUUAGAUCAUGUGACUUUAUAUUUUAAUCUUCACCAUUAAUGGUUUGAUAAAUGGUCAAGAUUUACUCUUCUAAUCUCUCACAAUAUAUUUCUAUGAAUGUAUCAUGUUUAUAAAGCCUGUUACAUUUUUUUUACUUC